CAUUUUCGGCGAGAACGAGAAUAUAAAUAAAUACUUACCGUUGAAAAUUACGUGUAUUACUGAGAAUGGUCUAGUAUUUUAUUAAGUGGUAUGAUCAGAUUUCUAACAGAUUUACGUCGGUAAAGAUGGAGAUCCCUUAUAAGAAAAUAUUUAUAUACAUAUUAACCUUCGCUGCCUAUGCAUACACUGGUAUAGGCUCGAGCAUGUUACGGAAUUUAAAAGAUGCAGUAUUGUCCGCUGAAUCAGUUUUCGGAGACUUGUUUCGCAAUACUAUCACCGUCGCUGAAAAGUUCAAAUCAUUGCACGAAAUAUUCGAUGCAGCUGUGGAGGAGGAAUGUAUAUUCUCAUGUCCUGAAGGCCAAAAACCAGUCAGGAAUAGAAAUCACAUAGCAACGUCUGAUGGCUGUGGUUCCCUUGGGUUCGAAAUUUCGUCAGAAUAUUUGCCGCUGGAGCGGAUGACCAGUUGCUGCAACACACACGACAUCUGCUACGAUACAUGCAACAGUGGCAAAGAAGUGUGUGAUCUAGAAUUCAAGAAAUGUUUAUACAAUUACUGUGAUUCUUACAAAUCUGUAAAUGUUGCUGGUGAAACAAUAACUAAAGGUUGUAAAGCUGCAGCCAAAUUGCUCUUCACAGGCACCCUGACCCUCGGGUGUAAGUCCUAUCUGGAUGCACAGAAAAAUGCUUGCUACUGUCCACCUCCAAAGAGCAAGUAUAGAAAAUAUACAACAGGAGAUGGAGAUCUUUAGGUAGUGGUGUAGGUCAAUUAUUCUUUAUGCAAUAUUAAUAAUUUUAACUUAAAUAAAAUAUAAAAUAAGUAAUUUGUAUUUCGAGUAACUUUACAGACUCAUAUAGCUUGUGUUAGUAAGUACUUAUAGCUAUGUUAAUGCUUACAUCUAUCACUAUAACUUAAGCUAGGUCAAUAGCCUUAUUGCCAAAAAUGUAUUUAUAGUCAGCUUAGGACCGGACCGGAUUACAGGAUCCACCGGACCGGAAUCCUUAGCACCAAUGACAAUAUGUAUAGUUUCAUUCUAGUAGCAAUUUUUUUUUAAAUCAUUAAUUUCUGUUUAUUAUUUUACCUUGCCAGCAUCAUUCUUAUUUAUUGUUAUAUUUGUUAUUUCGUAAGUUAAUAGGAGGCAGUUAAUAUAAAAAAGGAAGAAUUAGGUUGUGUGGCUGCCAAAUGUUGUGUAAAUAAAUAAAUAAUUCUAACAGGCAUCAAGCUUAACUAAGACAAAUCAUAACAACUUAGUUGAGCAGUAGACCUGUGGCAUUAUUAUAUGGUCUUUUGACUUUUGGUCUGGUUGAUAAUAUUACUUUAUUCAUGAAAAUAAUCAUAAAUGUUUGGGAUUGAAAUAUUUUUGUACAGUUAAUAAAAAGAUUCAUACAUUUUUUGCAGUUUAUUGUUAUAGCAUUAAAAAAUUACAUCUUACUUUUUAUCCUUGUGGAAUAUUAUAUCUUAAUAUUAAAUAAUUUAAUUUUAAAUUUAGAGAACAGGCCUUCCCUACUGUAUCUAACCAAUACUAACUGGACGCACAAUUAAAACAUAUGUAUGUUAUACGAACAUAUGUUGAGCUUAUAAAAAUAAUUCUUGCAAUCUAAAUAAAUGCAUUUAAAAAUA